UCUUCGUCUUCUCAAUUUCUCAUACUCUGUUUAUAUUCUCUUAAAUCUCCUCUGUUUUAGUCUUUAGAUUUCUCUUAAGUUCCUCUGUUUUUGUUAUCUUGCUCUGUUUUUUUCUUUGAAUCAAUGACGAAACAGAAUGUAUUGAUUUCGGCUGAAAAGAAUGUAAGCUCGUCAACAUUAGCAUUAACAACAAUAAUGUCGAAAUCAUCAUCGAUGUUUUCAUCAUCAUCAACUUCAUCAUCGAAACCACCUGCCCCGCAAACUAGUAGUAGUAUUAAUUUAGCAAUAACAAGAAAAAGUUUACUGAAACAGCUUGAAAUUGAAAGUGGGUCAAGAAUCAAUGCAUGGGUUGAAACCAUGAAAGCUUCGUCUCCUACUCAUAUCAAAUCACCGGAUGCUUUCUCUCCUACUGAAGAACAUCGUUCCUGGAUGGUUCAAUAUCCAUCAGCUCUGAACAUGUUUGAGCAAAUAAUCCAAGCAUCCCAGGGGAAGAAAAUCGUAGUGUUUCUGGACUACGAUGGUACACUUUCUCCCAUUGUGGCUGACCCCGAUCGAGCCUACAUGUCUAAGCAGAUGAGAGCCGCGGUUAGAGAUGUCGCCAAGUUUUUCCCUACGGCCAUCAUUAGCGGAAGAUGCCGUGAUCAGGUGUAUAGCUUUGUCAAGUUAGCUGGUCUGUAUUAUGCUGGCAGUCAUGGAAUGGACAUUAGAGGCCCAACCAAAGGUGCCAAAUGCAAGAAAAGAAGUGAUCAAGGUGUUUUGUUUCAGGCAGCAAGUGAGUUCUUGCCCAUGAUUGCUGAGGUUAAUAAGGCAUUAAUUGAGAAAACAAAAUCAAUUGAUGGAGCCAAAGUUGAGAACAAUAAGUUUUGUGUAUCUGUUCAUUAUAGAAAUGUGGAUGAAAAGCAAUGGAGUUUAAUAGCAGAGACAGUAACAUCAAUAUUGAAGGAGUAUCCUCAGCUGAAGCUCACUCAUGGAAGAAAGGUACUGGAGAUUCGACCAACCAUUAAAUGGGACAAGGGAAAAGCUCUUGAAUUUUUACUAGAGUCUCUUGGAUUCGGGAACACUAAUGAUGUUUUGCCACUUUAUAUCGGCGAUGAUCGGACGGAUGAAGAUGCAUUUAAGGUACUGAGGGAGAGAGGACAAGGUUUUGGGAUUCUUGUAUCAAAAAGUCCCAAAGAAACUAGUGCAUCUUAUUCUCUACAAGAACCGGCCGAGGUCAUGGAUUUCUUGCAUCGGUUGGUCGAUUGGAAGAAACUAUCCAACUCAACGUAGCUACAAGAUGUAAAUAAUCAAGAAAGCGAGAUUACCCAAGCGAGAAAAAAAAAUGUGGGUAGAUAAUUAUAUGUAAUGAUUUUGAUUUUUUUUUUCAUCUUUUUUUUUUCUUUUUUUUUUUGUUGGAAAAAAGAAAGAAAUAUAGAGGGUUUUCCUCCUUUAGAUGAUUUCCCUUUAUAUAAGGCCAUUAGAGCCUUUUCUUGUAAGUACUUUUAUGUACAAUUGGAAAAGGUAAAAAUAGUUGUAACCUUAAAAAAAAAUCAUUACAUUUUAAAAAUGUAAUGGUGGUGAAUUAUAUAAGUCAGAAAAUCUAACAAGCUUUUAAAGUGAA